AUGGAAAAUGUUGAAAGGAUCACUAUUCUGACAAGAUCUUCAAGCUUAGAAGUCAAAUCUGAUAAUCUAACGGAUGCUCCUUCAAGUUAUCAGGAUGCAGUUUCUAAUGCAUCUUUACAAACUUCUGAAAUUGAAAUAACUCAAGAAGUUACUAAUUCUGAACAAGGUAAUUAA